AUGUCGCCAAAGGUCUUUUUCGUCACGGGAACAUCCACCGGCUUUGGUGCCGAGUAUGUCAAGAAGAUCAUCUCUGAGGGUGAUCAUGCAAUCGCUACUGCUCGCAACUCGUCCAAGCUGGAGAAGCCCGAGGGAGCUACCGAUGACAACUACCUUGCUGUAGACUUGGAUGUCACCAAGAAAGAUUCCAUUGACGCUGCAUUCAAGAAGGCCAUUGACAAGUUUGGACGCCUGGAUGUCGUUGUCAACAAUGCUGGAUACGGUCUCGCUGGCGAAUUCGAAAGUCUGAGCGAAGAGCAAAUCCGCAAGCAGAUGGAAGUCAACUUCUUCGGCCUCCUCGACGUAACCCGCAAAGCCCUCACCAGCAUGCGCGCCCAGUCCCCACAAGGUGGCGUAAUCCAACAAGUAACCUCGAUUGGCGGCCAACGCGGCGUCCCCCUCUUCUCCAUCUACUGCGCCUCCAAAUGGGCAGUCGAAGGCUACACUGAAGCCCUGAGCAAGGAACUCAAGCCCGAGUGGAACAUCUCACUCACCUGCAUUGAGCCAGGAGGUUUCCGCACCGAUUGGGCAGGGAGAAGUAUGGACUUCGGCGCCAACAAGAAUGAGGAUUAUGAUCAUUUGGAUGCGAAGAGCGCCAUGCAGAAGAGGAAUGGUACGCAGGCUGGUGACCCGAAGAAGGGUGCUAGGUGCAUGUAUGAGUUGGCUGUUAUGAAGGAUCCGCCAUUGAGAUGUGUGAUUGGCACUGAUGCCUAUGCUGGUAUCAAUGACAAGUUGGAUCAGUACAGGGAGAACGUCAAGAAGUUUGAAAAGUUGAGUACUAGCACUGAUGUUGAUGGGUACAAGGCUCCUUCUUAG